AGUAUUUUGUUUUUGUUGCAAACUCUUCAGCAGUACUCAUUUAGUUGCCCUGUCUAGUACAGGAACAUGUGACUGGAAAAAUUUGGGCUAAAAGCUUGUAGAACACGAGCGGUCAGUGAAACAUAAAGAAGCUGCUGCUAAGUGGAGUGACUUGCACUUGAGGCUUAAGAAUAGCUCCACCAUUGAUCACCAUCGUGAGAACAUGAUUAAGUCUGAGAGAAAAUACUGGAGAAACGUUUUGGAAAGACUUCUUGCAAUCUGUCAGUACUUGUCCCAACAUAACUUGGCAUUUAGGGGUAGUGAGGAUCGACUCUUUACAAGUGGUAAUGGCAACUUCCUUGGGUUAGUGCAGCUGUUGGGCAAGUUUGAUCCAGUAAUACAAGAGCAUCUUCGUCGGAUCAGUAAUGCCGAGAUCCAUGAUCACUACUUGGGGAAAACCAUUCAGAACGAGUUGAUAAUGUUAAUAUCGAAGUCUGUCAGAGACUCUAUUUUGCAAAAGAUAACAAAUGCAAAGUACUACUCUAUUAUAUUGGAUUGCACUCCUGACUGCAGUCAUCAGGAACAGAUGUCACUGACUGUCCAUAUUGCUGAAUGCAAUGAAAGUGUGGAAGUUAAGGAGUACUUCUUGUCCUUCCUCCAGGUUACUGAGACUACUGGGGGUUUUCUGACAGACAUUGUGUUAAAUGAACUCAAAAGUUUGGGAGUUCCCCUCGAAAACUGCAGAGGCCAGGGUUAUGACAAUGGCUCUAAUAUGAAGGGGAAACAUUCUGGUGUUCAGGCAAGAAUCUUGGCCUUAAACCCACGUGCAUUUUUUGUACCCUGUGGCUGUCAUAAUUUCAAUCUAGUAAUUGGUGAUGCUGCAAAGUCUUCUAUAGAUGCUGUUACAUUCUUUGGUAAUCUGCAACAAAUGUAUACUCUGUUUACAUCCUCUACUCAGAGGUACAAAAUAUUUUGGGAUAAUGUGUCUGGUCUAACUGUAAAGCCACUGUGUGAGACCAGGUGGGAGUGUAGGGUAGAAAGUGUGAAAGCAGUGAGAUACCAAGUGGGUGCAGUUUAUGAUGCCUUAGUUUCAGUGGCGGAAGUUACAAAAGGGAAGGAUCCUAAGGCAUAUUCAGAAGCAGCAUCACUGAGCGGUACAAUGAAAAGUGCUAAGUUUUUAAUAGCGAUGGUAGUCUGGUAUGAUGUAUUAGUAAGGGUUGGACAAGUCAGUAAACUUUUACAAAGCUCAUCCAUGCAGAUUGCUCAAGCAGUUCUUCUGCUUGAAGAACUGAAAAGGUUUUUAACAGAAUACUUGGCCACAGGGUACGAAAAGGCAAAAGUGACUGCUACUGAGCUAGCUGAAGAACUGGAGGUAGAACUCAAAUUUCCUGGUGCAGAUGAGGUGAGACCCAGGAAAAAGAGGAAGCUUUUUGGUUAUGAAGGUGAUGAUGAGUGUCUAACUAGUCCUGAACAGAAUUUUAAAAUCAACUUUUUCAACUCUCUUGUUGAUGUUGCACUGUCAUCUGUGCAGGACAGGCUCACUCAACUUGCAGCUCAUAGUGCUACUUUUGGCUUCCUCUACAACAUACAGGACCUCUGUAAUGUUUCUGAUGAUGAGCUAUUGCAGCUCUGUAAAGACUUGCAGAAUCUUUUAACGCACAAUGACUCUGCUGAUAUCGAUGCAGUAGAGCUGUAUGAGGAAUUGAAAACCCUUUGCCACAUUAUGCCAAAGGGAUUAUCAGCACUGGAUGUCCUUAAUGUAAUGAAAAAGCGUGGGUUAGUGGAGAUAUUCCCACAGGUAGUGGUAGCUCUACGCAUUUUGUUGACUUUGCCAGUGACAGUUGCAUCUGGGGAGAGAAGCUUUUCCAAACUCAAACUAAUUAAAACAUACUUAAGAAGUACUAUGCUACAGGAUAGACUUGUGGGCUUGGCUAUGAUUUCUAUUAAUAAUGAAAUAUCUUGCCAGAUAGACUCUGCUGAUAUAAUUGAUAGAUUUGCUCAGUGCAAGGCAAGAAAAGUGCGGUUUUAGAAAGUGGUUAGGUAUGAAUCUAACAAUGUGCAAAUUUUGUAUGACUUUACAACAGUUGUAAGCAGAA